AUGAGCGAGACGAUGAUGGCCACACUUUGUAGGAGGAGCGGACAGUGUUUGACGUCAGCACGCAAAUCUCAGCGCCAACCGUCAACGUGGUGGAGUCUCGGCGUCAAAGGACCACGACGGUGGAGUCUCUGCCGGAAUGAUGUGAUUCAUGAUGAUUGUUCUCCUGCGUCCCUCGCUCCAUUUAUGUCCGACGAGCCCGUCGCCCGGUGCCCCCAAGAUCACUCGUCGCCAUCGUGUCCGGCGCCCAGGAUAGGUUCCCUGGUUGCCGCUGGGUUGCCGCCAGGUGAUCCAAUCCCUGCACCGCUGCUGAGAGUGCCUACACCCAUUGCGGAUGUACCUGUUGGCGCCUCAGCCUUGGCCCCAUCGCAGCGGUUCUCGUCGCCGACAUGGCCGGGCGGAUUGAGUGGUUCGGCCAACCUCGCCCGUGUGGGCGAUACGACCUAG